AUGGUUCGUGUGUGGCGGACGAUGGAUACGACGUUCGAGGACACAGGUAAUGGUUACAAGUCGAUCGCAAUGAUCGCUGUGAUUGCUGGCGUUUACGUUUCGAUUGUGUCUGUCUUGCGUUUCGGCCGUUUCCUUGCCGGUUUCAACACUACACCUCCGACCGAUAAUGAUUUAUUACCAUCCUGUAUUCAUUUUAGGAUAAUUGUGAACUGGACACUUGCAUCUUGUUAUUUAUAUUUACCUUCGAUAAUCGGGGUUAUCAUUGAAAGAUUUGGUGACUUAUGUGGAUUGCCCAAUUGUUAUUUCAAAUUUACUAAAAUUGUCUUGCUUUCAUCUAUUUUAAACGGAGUUAUUGACUUUUGGCAGGAAGUUCCUGAGAUAUGUUUGUGGAAUCUGAACAUAAAUUAUGCUGAAAAUAUACACUUUUAUUUGCAUUGUUCCAUGUGGAUUAUAUCAUUUAUGAUUAUGUUAGCAAUUGAUAUUACGGAGAUAACAGGACUCAAACCGAUUUUUUAUUAUCAUUUAAUGAAUGAAAAUUUUUGCUCAUUGAAAUCUCAGCAAUUUAAUCGAUUUUUGUCAAAUAUGGGAUUUCCAGGAUCCUCAUGUCUCUUAAUUAUUUUAUGGUCUCAAAAAUUAAUGAGUUUUGAUAGAUUGCUAUUGGCUGUAAUUUGGACUUUAGGAAUAUUAUCGUGUAAUCAGACAGACGAUAAAGAUAUUAAAUACGUUGCCAGACAAAUCGAGAAAAAAAAGGCGUGGAUGUAUUAUUCAGAAAGAAUAUCAGUUUCGCCGUUGAAAUAAACUGUAUUAUUAAUUAGUUAAUAUUUACAAUCCUAUACAUUUCUAUUAUAUAUUUAGAUGUUACGUAUAUUAUUGUAUUUAUUAUAUUGAUUUCUAUUCGCAAAAUAGAUUAUAAUUUGUAGGUUUGUGGAAAAACAGACGCUAAUUAUUAUCCCUCUUUAAAAUGUUCUAUGUUAUGUAGCUGAACUAAAUGUUAGUAGGAAAUACGGUAUUUAAUUUAUUUAAAAACAGUAUAUUAAUUAUACAGUUCAACCUGU